AUGACCCCAUAUCAGUUGGUGUACGGAAAGGCAUGUCAUCUACCCCUUGAGCUUGAACAUAAAGCCUUUUGGGCACUCAAGCUACUAAACUUUGAUGGUGCUGCCACUGGGGAGAAAAGGAUCUUGCAAUUGCAAGAAUUGGAAGAGCUUAGAUCUCAAGCAUAUGAAAAGGAAAAAAUUUACAAGGAGAGAGCUAAGAGAUGGCAUGAUCAAAAUAUAGCAAGGAGAGAGUUUGAGGAAGGUCAAAAAGUGCUAUUGUUCAUUUCAAGACUAAAAUUCUUUCCGGGAAAACUCAAGUCUCGAUGGUUAGGACCUUUCACUGUCCUUAAGGCAUCCCCAUAUGGUCAUGUAGAGCUCAUGGAGGACAAAACUCAUAGGACUUUCAAUGUCAAUAGCCAUAGGCUCAAACACUACUUGGGAGGCUCUUUGUUGGAGCAGAGAGUGAGCUAUAAGCUCAACUAA